AUGAGCGAAUCAGAAUCAAAUCGAAAUGCUGCUGCAUCAUCAAAUAUUCGUCAAUCACGACAACGUAUGGCACAAAAUUACCUUCUCAUCUGGGUAGAUGCCAGCAUCGAUGAAACAAACAAAGACUGCCAGAUUACACUGGCUCAAUUGAAGAGCGUGGCCAACGAUGUCAACCUAUUUACGGAAUCAGAUCAGUGCAUCCAAGUACUGAACAAGGUUGACAAACAACAAGCCUUUGUUGUUACAUCAGGCUAUUUGGGUCAACAUUUGGUUCCUAAAAUUCAUGACAUGCCACAGUUAGAUGCCAUUUACAUCUUCUGUGGUGACAAAUCUAGACAUCAAGGAUGGACUCAAAACUGGACAAAAAUUAAAGGUGUCCAUACAAAUAUCAAGGAUAUUUGUCAAGCAUUACAAUCGGCAGUGAAACAAUCCGACCAGGACACAAUUGCCGUAAGUUUUCUUACGAUAAAUGAAAUGGCUUCAGCUGAUAAUUUAAAUCAGUUGGAGCCAACUUUUAUGUAUACACAAUUAUUCAAGGAGAUACUCCUUGAUAUGGAAUACGGUGAUAAUGCAAUCAAGGACUUGGUUAUUCUUUGUCGCGAACUAUAUCCCGACAACAAAGGCGAAUUAAAAAUUAUUAAUGAAUUCGAGCGUGACUAUGAUCCAGAAAAAGCAAUAUGGUGGUAUACACGUGAGUGUUUCACCUACAAAAUGCUCAAUCGAGCACUUCGGAUUAUGGAUGCUGAUAUAAUCAUUACUAUGGGCUUCUUCCUACGUGAUGUUCAUCAACAAAUUCAACAGCUACAUCAACAACAAGUCAGUACUUAUGAUGGAAAGUCUUUUAAAGUGUAUCGAGGCCAAGGUCUAAUGAAAUCAGACUUUGAGAAACUUCAGAAAGCAGAAGGUGGACUCAUGUCAUUCAACAAUUUCCUGUCCACCAGCAUAAAUGAAAAAGUGUCCAUCAGUUUCGCUCAAGAUGCUUCAACAAAACCUGAUAUGGUGGGCAUUUUUUUUAUAAUGUCUAUUGAUCCUUGUUUGAAAGCAGCACCAUUUGCCUCCAUCCAAGAGGUGAGUUAUUUUAAGGGAGAAGAAGAAAUUCUCUUCUCAAUGCAUACCGUGUUUCGAGUGAAUACAAUUAAACAAAUCGGUAAUAAGAAUCAAGUUUAUCAAGUUGAAUUAGAAUUAACGUCGGACGAUGAUCAACAACUACGAUUACUUACUGAUCGGAUACGAAAAGAAACUGGUGGUAGUGGAUGGCAAAGAAUAGGCAUAUUAUUGAUUAAAACUGGUCAAUUCAAUAAAGCUGAAGAACUUUAUAACGUACUACUCGAGCAGACGUCUAAUGAGAGUGAAAAGGCGAUUUAUUAUAAUCAGCUGGGAUAUAUCAAAAAUGAUCAAGGCGAUUAUGAAAAGGCUAUUUGGUAUCACAAGCAAGGACUUGAAAUUAGAAAACAAACUCUUCCUUCAUAUCAUCGUGACUUGGCUACUUCAUACAGCAACAUCGGUAGUGUGUAUCACAAGAUGGGAGAAUACUUAGAAGCAAUUUCUUUUUACGAAAAAGACCUUGAAAUUUGUCAAAAAACUCUUCCUGCAGAUCAUCCUGAUUUGGCUGCUUCAUAUAGCAACAUCGGUAGUGCGUAUCAUAGCAUGGGAGAUUACUCGAAAGCGCUUCCAUUUUACGAAAAAUCACUUGAAAUCCAACAAAAAACCCUUCCUUCAAAUCAUCCUGAUUUGGCUACUUCCUACAACAAUAUUGGCAGCGUGUAUGAUAGCAUGAAAAAGUACUCGAAAGCACUUUCAUUUUACGAAAAAGGCCGAGAAAUUCGAGAAAGAACUCUUCCUUCCGAUCAUCCCGAUUUGGCUAGUUCUUACAACAACAUCGGUAGUGUGUAUAGUAGCAUGGAAGAUUACUCAAAAGCACUUUCGUUUUACGAAAAAACAGUUGAAAUUUGUCAGAAAACUCUCUCUUCAGAUCAUCCUCAUUUAGCUACUUCAUACAACAACAUCGGAGGUGUGUAUGCCAAGAUGGGAGAGUACUCGAAAGCACUUUCACAUUACGAAAAAGCACUUGAAAUUCAACAAAAGACUCUUCCUUCAAAUCAUCCUGAAUUGGGUGCUUCAUAUAACAACAUCGGCUUUGUGUAUUCCGAGAUGAGAGAGUAUUCGAAAACACUUUCGUAUUAUGAACAUACUCUUGACAUAUGGCAACAUGCGUUACCUCCAACUCAUCCUUAUAUGAAAGCGUUGAAAAACAGUAUUGAAAUUGUGAAAAAGAAAUUAUAA